AUGGCUCGAAACAAGGAAGGUUUAGUUUUGGUGCUUGAUGUUGGUCCAACAAUGCACACUGUGCUGCCAGAAGUUGAAAAAGUUUGCUCAAUGUUAGUGCAAAAGAAGAUAAUAUUCAGCAAGAAUGAUGAAGUAGGACUUGUUGUAUUUGGAACCAAAGAUACUAAGAAUGAGUUGACAAAUGAAGUGGGUGGAUAUGAACAUGUGAUGGUAUUGCGGGAUAUAAAAGUUGUUGAUGGAAACCUUGUUGAAGCUUUGCAGCAGCUUCCUCGUGGGUCUAUACAUGGUGACUUUAUUGAUGCUGUUGUUGUUGGGAUGGAUAUGCUAAUUAAGAAGUAUGGGCAAACUAACAAGGGAAAGAAACGACUGUGUCUUUUAACAAAUGCAGCUUCUCCUACCAAAGAUCCAUAUGAUGGAACGAAGGAGGAUCAAGUCAACACCAUUGCUGAACAGAUGAGGGCACAUGGCAUGAAAAUGGACUGUAUAGUUGUUAGAAUAUCACAAGAUUUGGAUAUGGAUAAGAAAAUUCUGGAAGAGAAUGAUUACCUGUUGAAUGCAUUUUCAUAUAAAUCUUCUACGAAAACAGUUCACGUUGACAGUCCAACUUCAUUAUUAGGUGCGCUCAGAACUCGGAACAUAUUUCCAGUGACUAUAUACAGGGGUGAUUUUGAGAUGAGCUCCAAGAUGAAGAUCAAGGUAUGGGUCUACAAGAAAACAUCUGAAGAAAAAUUUCCCACCUUGAAAAAGUAUUCUGACAAAGCACCUCCAACGGAUAACUAUGCCACUCAUGAAAUCAAGGUUGAUUAUGAAUACAAAAGUGUUGAAGAUCCUAAUAAAUCUGUUCCACCAGAACAAAGGAUCAAAGGUUACCGCUAUGGACCUCAAGUAGUUCCUAUAUCAUCUGCGGAGUUGGAAACAUUCAAGUUCAAACCCGAGAAAAGUGUGAAGCUUCUGGGUUUUACAGAUGCUUCAAAUAUAAUGCGGCACUAUUAUAUGAGAGAUGUCAACAUUUUUAUUGCUGAACCUGGCAACACAAGGGCCAUUGUUGCAGUUUCAGCUUUAGCGAGGGCAUUGAAGGAAAUGAACAAAGUAGCUAUUGUCCGUUGUGUAUGGAGACAAGGACAGGGAAAUGUUGUUGUAGGCAUCCUAACUCCUAAUGUAUCUGACAAACAUAACAUUCCAGAUUCAUUUUACUUCAAUGUUCUUCCGUUUGCGGAGGAUAUCAGGGAGUUUCAGUUUCCAUCUUUCAGCAACUUGCCUUCAUCAAUGCAGCCAAAUGAGCAACAGCAAGAGGCAGCGGAUAAGCUGGUCCAGAUGCUUGAUCUUGCACCAACUGGGAAAGAGGUUUUGCGACCCGAUCUCACACCUAAUCCUGUUCUGGAGCGAUUUUAUAACUGCCUUGAAGUGAAAUCUAAGCAACAAGAUGCAGCUGUCCCUCCACUUGAUGAAACCCUCAGGAAGAUAACAGAGCCUGAUCCUGAGCUCAUUUCUCAAAAUAAAGCUGUUAUAGAUGAAUUUCAUAGAUGCUUUGAACUCAAAGAGAAUCCGAAGCUGAAGAAGUCGUCUCGAAGAUUAUUAAAAGAGAAACCAACUGGAUCAAGUGAGGAAGGAGUUGGCAACGGUGCUGAUGCGCAAGCAAUUGAUGCCAUUGAAUACACAUCCAGAGUCAAAGUUGAGAAAAUAGGGGAUUUGGAUCCUGUACAAGAUUUUGAAGCCAUGAUGUCUCGCAGAGAUAGUACAGAAUGGAUUAGUAAAGCAAUUCAAGAUAUGAAAAAUAAGAUUUUUGAUAUUGUGGAGAACUCUUUUGAAGGAGACACAUACCGUAAAGCACUAGAAUGUUUAGUAGCUCUCCGCAAGGGUUGCAUUCUAGAGCAAGAACCGAAACAGUUCAAUGAUUUCCUGCGCCAUCUCGUCAAAUUCUGCGAAGAGAAAGACCUCAACAGCUUCGGUGAAUAUCUUGCAUCACAUGAAAUUACACUGAUAAGCAAGAAAGAAGCACCUGACAGCGAAAUUUCUGAGGAUGAUGCCAAAAACUUUAUUGUUAAAAGGGAGCCAAAAGCUGAGCAAGGAUUGUAA